CUAAGUUCUAGCUCGCUCGCAUGCCGUCACCAAUGGAGGAAGCCGCCGCAGCAGUUCACCGGCGGUGGCGGCGGCGGCUGCUGCCGAAGCUGAUGCUACUCCUGUGCGCCGUCGUCCAUGGCCAGCAGCCGGACAGCCUCGGCUUCAUCAGCAUCGACUGCGGCAUCCCCGACGGCGGCGGCUACUCCGACGAGUCCACCCGCGGCCUCCGCUACGUCCCCGACGCCGGCUUCCUCGACGCCGGCGCGGGCCUCAGCGCCGGCAUCAACCCGCCCUACACCGACCGCGACCUCGCCGCCCGCUACCUCACCGUCCGCUACUUCCCCGGCGCCGCCUCCGCCGCCGGCGAGCGGGGCGGCUGCUACACGCUCCGGCAGCUCUCGCCGGGAGGGAGGUACCUCGUGAGGGCCACCUUCUACUACGGCAACUACGACGGCGCCAUCGCCAUGCUCCCCGUCGUCUUCGACCUCCACCUCGGCGCCAACCGGUGGACCGCCGUCAACGUCACCGCCGCCGACGCCAUCUACAUCUUCGAGGCCGUCGUGUCGCCGCCGGCGGACUUCCUCCAGGUGUGCCUCGUGAACAUAGGGAAGGGAACGCCGUUCAUCUCCGGGCUGGACCUGAGGCCGCUGAAACCGGAGCUGUAUCCGGAGGCGACGGCGAACCAGUCGCUGCUUCUGCUCAACCACGACCGCCCGCCGGCGAGGUUCGCCUUCAACCGCUACCAGUUCUGGCGCCCGGCGAGCUACUACAAACUAUUCAGGUACCCAUUCGAUCCGUACGACCGGCUGUGGCAGCCGUACGGCGACGACCCGUCGUGGACGAACAUCACCGUCGCCGCCGCCGUCGACGUCACCAACAUCAGCCGCUCCGACGACCCCUCCCCGAUCCUCCGCAGCGCCGCCACGCCGGCGAACGCCACCGUCCGCCGCCUCGACUUCCCCUGGAGCUCCGACGACGCCGCCACCACCACCUACCUCCUGCUGCUCUACUUCGCCGAGCUGCAGCGGCUGCCGGCCGGCGCAGCGCGGCGGUUCGACGUCCUCGUCGAUGGCGACGCCUCCGCCGGCGGCGGGCGGCGAGGGUACACGCCCCGGUACCUCGCGGCGGAGGUCGUGAGGUCGACGGUGCGGGCGGCGCGGCCGGGGCAGCGGCACGUCGUGUCGCUCGUCGCCGCGCCGGACUCCGCGCUGCCGCCCAUCGUCAACGGGCUCGAGAUCUACUCGGUGCAGCCGAUGCCUGAACUCGCGACGAACGACAGAGACGCGAAGGCGAUGAUGGAAAUUCGCGAUAACUAUGAACUGAAGAAGAAUUGGAUGGGGGAUCCAUGUGCUCCAAAGGCAUUUGCCUGGGUUGGAUUGAACUGUGGUUAUUCUUCAUCUGAUCCUGCAUUGGUAACAGCUUUGAAUUUGUCAUCAAGCGUGUUGAUUGGUCCAGUUAAUCUUUCUUUUGGUGAUCUGAAGUCCCUGCAAUACUUGGAUUUGUCCAAUAACAGCUUAUCUGGCCCAAUACCUGAUUUUCUAGUGCAAAUGCCAGCACUCAAGUUCCUUGAUUUGUCAAGCAAUAAACUCAGUGGAUCGAUUCCUUCUGACUUACUUCAAAAGAGAGAAAAUGGAUCACUUGUAUUAAGGAUUGGCAACAAUGCAAAUCUCUGCUAUAAUGGGGCUAAUAAUACCUGUGCUCCGGAGAGUAAGCAAAGCAAGAGAAUCCUUGUGAUUGCAAUAGCUGUUCCAAUAGUUGCAGCAACUCUGCUGUUUGUGGCAGCAAAAUUUAUCCUUCACAGGAGGAGGAAUAAACAAGAUACCUGGAUCACAAACAAUGCAAGACUUAUUAGCCCUCACGAAAGGUCGAACGUAUUCGAGAACCGGCAAUUCACCUACAGGGAAUUGAAACUCAUGACAUCAAACUUCAAAGAGGAAAUAGGGAAAGGAGGAUUCGGCACUGUCUUCCUAGGAUAUUUGGAGGAUGGAACUCCAGUUGCUGUCAAGAUGUGCUCAAAAACAUCUUCUGAAGGGGAUAAAAAGUUUUUAGCUGAGGCUCAGCACCUGACUAGAGUUCAUCACAGAAACCUUGUUUCCUUGAUUGGAUAUUGCAAGGAUAAGAAACAUCUGGCACUUGUUUAUGAGUACAUGCAAGGAGGAAACCUGGAGGAUCGUUUAAGAGGAGAGGCCUCCAUUGCUGCACCACUCACCUGGCAUCAACGUCUGAAGAUCGCUCUCGACUCUGCUCAAGGAUUGGAGUACCUGCACAAGUCAUGCCAGCCUCCAUUGAUCCACAGGGACGUCAAGACUCGCAACAUCCUCCUCUCCGGCGACCUCGACGCCAAGAUCGCCGACUUCGGCCUGACCAAGGUGUUCGCCGGCGACGUCGUGACCCACGUCACCACGCAGCCGGCCGGCACGCUGGGCUACCUCGACCCGGAGUACUACCACACCUCGCGCCUCAGCGAGAAGAGCGACGUCUACAGCUUCGGCGUCGUCCUCCUCGAGCUCGUCACCGGCCGCCCACCGGCCGUCCCCCUCGGCGACGGCGACGGCGGCGGCGGCGAGAGCGUCCACCUCGCCGUGUGGGCGAGGCAGCGGCUGGCCGAGGGCGACAUCGAGAGCGUCGCGGACGCGGCCAUGGGAGGCUGCUUCGAGGUGAACUCGGCGUGGAAGGUGGCGGAGCUGGCGCUGCGGUGCAAGGAGCGGCCGUCGCGGGAGCGGCCGGCCAUGGCGGACGUCGUCGCCGAGCUGAAGGAGUGCCUCGAGCUGGAGGCGUCACGCGCGCUGGGACGCGGCUACAGCUGCUACAGCAGCGGCAGCGGCGGCGGCAGCUCGGUGGCGACGACGACGACGACGAGCGGCGCCGCCAAUAUCAGCGCGGCGGCGUCGGCGGCGAGUGUCAGUGACGCCCAGAUCGGCGAGCUGAGGCAGGAGAGCGUGCUCGAGCUGGGACCAAGAUGAUGAUGAUGAUGAUGAGAGUGAUCGAGUUAGGUUCAGAUAAUCAACUAGUUCUUGAUUGAAAAUGUUCCUUUUUUUUCAUGGGAGAUAUUAAGCUCAUUUGUAUUGUACUAGUAAUAAAAUCAGAAAGAUGUAAUUAUAUAAGUUGCAUGUUUUUUCAUGGGAGAUAUCAAUUUCAUGUAUUGUACUAGUAAUCAAAAUGUAAUUAAGUGGCCAGAAGAACAUAAGGAGUAUAUUUUGUGCCCUUUGUUUCAUGUA